AUUUGUAUGUUCUAAGUUUUCUCAAAAUGGCGGCAAAGGUUAUUAACAAAGUCGCGCAAAAUGCCAGCCUUCUGUUAACCCCACUUCGUUUUGCCACUCCAGUCGUAGCAUCAAAACGCCAUGGAUCUAGCUGGUAUCCUGAUGCAGAAUAUUACAAAAAAUUCGAAUCCCCAGUCUUAUACCCGGCUAAUGAAGAGAUGGCCAAGUGGAAAACCCUUCCAAAAAACUUAAAGAGACUCGAGAGAACUGACAAGAAAGUACAAAAUAUAACUCUCAAUUUUGGACCCCAACAUCCGGCGGCUCAUGGAGUACUGCGUUUAGUAUUAACUCUGGACGGAGAAACAGUAGUGAGAGCUGAUCCUCAUAUUGGACUACUUCAUAGAGCCACUGAGAAAUUGAUAGAGCAUAAAACUUACCUGCAAGCUCUACCGUAUUUUGAUAGACUCGAUUACUGUUCUAUGAUGUGCAAUGAGCAGGCUUACUCUUUGGCUGUUGAGAAAUUACUUAAUAUAGAAAUUCCUGAAAGAGCUAAAUGGAUUAGAACACUCUUUGGCGAAAUAACAAGACUAAUGAAUCAUACUAUGGGUAUUGGUACUCAUAUUUUGGAUGUAGGUGCCAUUACUCCAUUCUUUUGGUUCUUUGAAGAGAGAGAAAAACUAUGUGAAUUUUAUGAAAGAGUUUCGGGAGCCCGUAUGCAUGCUGCUUACGUUCGUCCAGGAGGAGUCGAUAGAGAUAUACCUCUAGGUUUGAUGGAUGAUAUAUACGAGUGGAUGACUAAGUUUGGUCAACGUUUGGACGAAAUCGACGAUCUUUUAACAAAUAAUAGAAUUUGGAGGCAACGUUUAGAGGGUAUUGGUGUUAUUUCGGCUGAAGACGCUCUCAAUUGGGGAUUUAGCGGUGUUAUGCUUAGAGGAUCGGGCAUAAAGUGGGAUAUAAGAAAAGUUCAACCCUACGAUGCUUACGACAAAGUUGAAUUCGACGUUCCAAUAGGAGUCAAUGGCGAUUGUUUUGAUCGUUACGUAAUUAGAAUGGAGGAAAUGAGGCAAUCAAUGAAUAUUAUCAUGCAAUGUUUAAAUAAGAUGCCACAAGGUGAAAUAAAAGUAGAUGAUAACAAGGUUGCUCCUCCUAAACGACGAGAAAUGAAGGAUAGCAUGGAAGCACUAAUCCAUCACUUCAAAUUAUAUUCGGAGGGUUAUUUGGUACCACCAGGUUCCACGUAUACAGCUAUCGAAGCACCAAAAGGAGAAUUCGGUGUCUAUUUAGUCUCUGAUGGUAGCAAUAAACCAUACAGGUGUAAAAUCAAGGCGCCAGGAUUUGCUCACUUAGCCGCCCUUCACAAACUGACAAAGGGUUUCAUGUUAGCCGAUGUUGUGGCUGUCAUCGGAACCCUGGAUAUCGUUUUUGGUGAAGUUGACCGUUAAGUCAUGAUUGCUUAUUGAAAAUAUGUAUUUAAAUUCCCUUCAAAAAAAAUAAGAGACAAAAAAAAACACGCAAAAAUUACUAAAUUGCCAUUUUUUGAACGGGGCUUUUAUGUACUUAAUGUUAUUCGCGAAAAAUCGAAAUAAAAGACGUUCCUUUAGAAUCGGUUUAUGAUUUUAUUACCAAAUAUUCUAAAUUCACAAAGUUUUGCCGAAGUUGAUUGUAUAGUAGCGCCACCUGCCUUAUGCAAAUGAAAUGUAUUUGACAAAAAAAAAUUCGACCGCGACGAGACUCGAACUCGCAAUCUUCUGAUUCGAAGUCAGACGCCUUAUCCAUUAGGCCACGCGGCCCUCACAUUUUGUAUCAUGGUUACGCUAGUAUUUAAUAAAGUACUGUUCAACAGCUCUGACGUAAUUGGAGCAUAUUCUAGGCCUUAUAGAUAUCUUUUUUUUUAUACAUAAGAAUAGC